CACUUCUACAGCUGAUUGUGUGGUGAGCAGCACUUGGGAUGGUCCCAUCCACCUGGGCUUGUUCCACUUCGUCCUUCUGAAGUCCUUUAUCACCACCCAGUCACCAGGUUUCAGGUCAUGCAGUGGUCCCAGCACUGGGACUGGUUCGAAUUUGUGAUAAGUGUAAGAAGUGGAAAGAUGCGAUCUUGGAUAAUCAUAACAACAAGCAUAAUGAGAUACAUUGGAAAAACUGCCAGCCACAGCUAUGGCCUACACACAAAUGGGAAGUGGCCAAGGCUUAUAUGAUACGUGGAAUAAAAGAUCAUCACGGUUUUGAUCAGUUCGACAUUUCUGCCAUCCUGAACUUCAUGGCUCACUGCAAGCACUUUAAAGCCUUUACAGAGGGCAAUUGCCUAAUUCAGGUCAUCACUAUGAGAAACAAAAUGAUGCAUUCUCCUGACUUCACGUUCAGCAAACAGGAGCUGGAUGGCUUUAUAAAUAAUGUUCAGAAGCUGGCUGAGGUUAUUGAGAAGCAUGCACCGGGACAAAAAGACAUAUCAAAAAAUAUACAGAAGGAAGAGAUGCAGGGCUUGAAAAAUUUCCUGGACCAAAACGAAGAUUUGCUGGAGAACUUGGGCUCUCCAGUAAACCAGCUGAAUGAAAUACAAGAGAAGAUGAACAAGCAUGAACAGGAUAUCAAAAAACUGAGGGACAGGGUGGACCGGCUGGAAAGUGAUGUACCCGUGUCGCCAGCAUUCUCUCUGAAUACAAGCGAUACAGCCGAUUCCACUGGCAGUUCGCAGAAUGAGGGAAGCACUCCCACUGUGAGUCAGCUGACCGAGGAGGAGGAGGGCGAUGAGGACGAUGGUGUCAGCGCUGCAUCAAAUGAUAGAUGUCAUCACUAUGAGAAACAAAAUGAUGCAUUCUCCUGACUUCACGUUCAGCAAACAGGAGCUGGAUGGCUUUAUAAAUAAUGUUCAGAAGCUGGCUGAGGUUAUUGAGAAGCAUGCACCGGGACUAAAAGACAUAUCAAAAAAUAUACAGAAGGAAGAGAUGCAGGGCUUGAAAAAUUUCCUGGACCAAAACAAAGAUUUGCUGGAGAACUUGGGCUCUGUAGGAAACCAGCUGAAUGAAAUACAAGAGGAGACGAACAAGCAUGAACAGGAUAUCAAAAAACUGAGGCACAGGGUGGACCGGCUGGAAAGUGAUGUACCCGUGUCGCCAGCAUUAUCCCUGAAUAUAAGCGAUACAGCCGAUUCCACUGGCAGUUCACAGAAUGAGGGAAGCACUCCCACUGUGAGUCAGCUGACCGAGGAGGAGGGCGAGGAGGACGAUGGUGUCAGCGCUGCAUCAAAUGAUAGAUCAGGGAUUCUUGAGACAAGGGAUAAAAUGGGUUUUUAAUUUCUAAAAAUAAAAUGUUGAUUUUUCCAAAAUAUAUUUAUAUAUUAUAGUUGCCCCAGAUGUUGGCCUUUUAAUGCUGUCAAAAUACAAUCUCCCAGGUUUAACAUUUUUAACAUUUUUGUCAUGAUUGCUGGACAAGCAUGGAAUUUUGUCAACACCAUAAGACACACAGAAACCUAGAAAAUAUGUAUUUUGAAUAAAAUUAUUGCAGUUCUUUUG